AUGCCAUCUGCCAUGCUGUGGCUUGCACAGGCCUUGCUGGUGGGCCUCGCCCAUGCCCAGACGCCCUACAUAAAUUCAACACACGGAAACGACACGAGCGGCAGCCCGUUGAACUUUGCCACAAGCCCGCCAUUCUACCCAAGCCCCUGGGUGGAACCCACCACCAAAGACUGGGCUGCGGCUUAUGAAAAAGCCAAGGCCUUUGUCAGCCAAUUGACUCUUCUCGAGAAGGUCAAUCUCACCACGGGCACUGGGUGGCAGAGUCAGUCUUGCGUCGGCAACGUUGGCUCCAUCCCUCGCCUUGGUUUCGACCCCCUCUGUCUGCAAGACAGUCCUCUCGGCAUCCGCUUCGCCGAUUAUGUCUCGGCUUUCCCCGCGGGUGGUACAAUUGCUGCCUCGUGGGACCGCGCCGAGUUCUAUCGCCGUGGUAACGAGAUGGGCAAGGAGCACCGCAAAAAGGGUGUAGACGUCCAGCUGGGCCCCGCCAUUGGUCCUCUUGGCCGACAUGCUCUGGGUGGUCGUAACUGGGAGGGCUUUAGCCCCGAUCCUGUUCUCUCUGGUGUAGCAGUUGCUGAAACCGUUCGCGGUAUCCAGGAUGCUGGUGUCAUUGCCUGCACCAAGCACUUCAUUAUGAACGAGCAGGAGCAUUUCCGCCAGCCCGGCAAUUUCGGAGACUUUGGCUUUGUCGAUGCCAUCAGCUCCAACUUGGACGACAAGACUCUGCACGAGCUGUACCUGUGGCCCUUUGCUGACGCCGUCCGCGCCGGCACGGGUUCCAUCAUGUGCUCGUACAACAAGAUCAACAACUCGCAAGCCUGCCAGAACUCGUAUCUCCAGAACUACAUCCUCAAGGGCGAGCUUGGCUUCCAGGGUUUCAUCAUGUCUGACUGGGACGCCCAGCACUCUGGUGUCUCGUCGACUUUUGCCGGUUUGGACAUGACCAUGCCUGGUGACACAGGCUUCAACUCUGGCUUCUCCUUCUGGGGUACCAACCUGACCAUCUCGAUUCUCAACGGCACCGUGCCCCAGUGGCGUCUUGACGAUGCGGCUAUCCGUAUCAUGACUGCCUACUACUAUGUCGGCCUCGACGAGUCGAUCCCUGUCAACUUUGACAGUUGGUCACGUGACACGUACGGAUAUGAGCACUACUUUGCCAAGACAGGCUACGCUCUGAUCAACCAGCACAUUGAUGUCCGCGCCGACCACUUCAGGUCCAUUCGCCGCGCUGCUGCCAGGUCGACUGUCCUCCUCAAGAACACUGGCGUCCUCCCCCUUUCUGGAAACGAGAAGUGGACCGCCGUGUUUGGCGAAGAUGCCGGCGAGAAUGCAUGGGGUCCCAACGGAUGCGCCGACCGUGGCUGUGACAAUGGUACCUUGGCCAUGGGAUGGGGCUCAGGAACUGCCGACUUCCCCUACCUUGUCACUCCUCUUGAAGCUAUCAAGCGCGUUGUUACUGACAAUGGCGGUGUCAUCACUUCUGUCACGGACAACUACGCUUAUGCUCAGAUCCAGGCCAUGGCUCCCCAGGCUAGUGUCUCGAUCGUCUUUGUCAACGCCGACUCUGGUGAAGGCUACAUCACCGUCGAUGGCAACAUGGGUGACCGCAACAACAUGACCGUGUGGCACGAUGGCGAUACGCUCAUCCAGAACGUUACUGCCUUCUGCAACAACACUAUUGUCGUUGUUCACUCUGUCGGACCCGUUGAGAUGGACGCAUGGAAGAAGAACGAAAACGUCACUGCCAUUCUCUGGGCUGGUCUUCCUGGCCAAGAGUCUGGUAAUUCUAUUGCUGACAUUCUGUACGGCAAACACAACCCCGGCGGCAAGCUCCCCUUCUCGCUUGGCACCUCGCCUGACCAGGCGGGCCCUCCGGUCACGUACGAGCCCACCAACGGCCACGGCAGCCCCCAGGACAACUUUGAAGAGGGCGUUUUCAUCGACUACCGCGCGUUUGACAAGGAGGGCAUUGAGCCCGUGUACGAAUUCGGCUUUGGUCUGUCGUACACGACGUUUGCAUUCUCCGACAUCAGCGUGACCAAGGUGGCGGCUGCCGCCUACACGCCCUUUAGCGGCAAGACGACGGCGGCGCCCACGCUUGGAAACUUCAGCAGGAACAUUGAGGAGUACCAGUUCCCCGCCGACUUUGUUCGACCAGCCACGUACAUUUACCCCUACCUCAACUCGACGGACCUCAAGGAGGCGUCGAUGGACCCUGAAUACGGUAUCCAGGUUGAGUGGCCUGCAGGAUCCACUGACGGCAAGCCCCAAUCGCGCAUUGCGGCUGGUGGCGCGCCCGGUGGCAACCCUCAGCUGUGGGAUGUGCUGUUCACGGUCGAGGCCAAGAUCACCAACACUGGUAAGGUUGCUGGUGACGAGGUGGGUCAGGCGUACAUCUCGCUUGGUGGCCCCGAGGACCCCAAGGUGCAGCUCCGUGCUUUUGAUCGCUUGUCGAUCCAGCCCGGGCAGACGGCCACUUUCCGCGCGGACAUUACGCGCCGUGACAUUAGCAACUGGGACACUGCCAGCCAGAACUGGGUCAUCACCAAGUACCCCAAGACAAUCUACGUGGGCUCCAGCUCGAGGAAGCUUCCUCUUUCGGCCCAGCUGGACACGAGCGGCUUGUAGACAUGUACGUCGCUUGACGACACUUGGUUAGUGUUUGCAUGGCACAGGCUGUGGUAUGCAGGACGACUGUAAUGUUGAAUUCUUAAUGUCUUGGCUAGAUGAUGUGUCUAGCGUUAGCAAUGUUAUCAUAUUAC